UCGACAGUGGCAACGCGGAACACUAAUGGAACCCACACAUUUUCUAGAGGGACUGCUUUAGGCAGAACACAACACACCAUCUGCAAGUUUUUUCUAUUCAGAAGUUAUAAGAAAUUCUGCGCGAAUAUUAUAGUUAAAGCACAACGAAGGAAAUAUAGAGAUCUCACCAAAAUGAAGAGAAAGAAGGACAUCAUGUCCUUCUUCCAAAGAAAAGACAGUGAGACAGAGCCAAAUGGUUCAGGUGUGGAGAGAGCAAGAGAGAGCAGAGAGCGUGCAGAGAGAGAGCAGGAAGACUUGUCUGAUGGAGUGACUGAGAGUGAAGGUACAGUAGAGCAGGAAAGUGAGACAGAUGGAGAGACUGAGGCUGAGGGGGACAUAGAGGCUGAGAGUGAGAUACCAAUAGAGGAGCCACGUACGUCCACAAGCAGUGGACCAUCAGAUAUUGGCAAAUCCCAGGAGGAACCACUGGUGCAGCCAAUGAUGAACAUAUACCCAAGAACUCUGAUGGGGGACUCUGAUGUAAAUACCCUAAACAAGGAACACAACAAACAGGUUCAAGAAAAUCGGGACUAUAUUAAAACAAUAGGAGAAGUACUACUACUUACAGCCACACAAAACAUUGCACAAAGAGGACACGAUGAGCCUUCAGAGUCAGAUAAUAAAGGGAACUUCAUGGCCAUUCUAGAAACAAUAGCUAAGCAUGACACAACUGUGAAAAAAAGGUUGACUUCCAUUCCUAAUGCAACAUAUACAAGCAAAGGGAUUCAGAAUGAGGUUCUGAGUUGUUUGGCAGACAUGGUUCGAACACAAAUUAUAGAAGAAGUGAAAGAUAGUGAGGUCUUUAGCAUAAUGGUAGACGAAACGAAAGACGUAAAAAAAAAGGAGCAGAUAUCUCUAGUCAUCAGGUACUAUUUCAGUGGAGCUGUCCAUGAGAGCUUUCUCCACUUUGAAUCGGCUGAUCGACUAGAUGCAGCAGGGCUUACUGACAGAAUCAUAAACAUAUUAGAAAGUAAUGGUCUUGAAUACAAAAACAACCUAGUAGGCCAAGCAUAUGACGGUGCUUCAGUUAUGAGUGGCAAGCAUUCAUGUGUCCAGGCACGCAUUAAAGAACAAGCAAAGCAUGCCUUUUACAUCCACAGCAGUGCACAAUGUUCAAACUUAGUUUUAGUGGAGACUGUCAAAGGAGUCCCUGAGGUAGGACAGUUCUUCUCCUUACUAGAAAGACUAUAUGUCUUCACAUCUGGGUCAUAUGUGCAUCAAAAAUGGCUUAGCAUACAAAAAGAGAUGUACCCAGGUGCACCUCGAGAGCUUCAGAUACUAAGUGACCCACGCUGGGCAUGUCGAUAUAUGACUCUACAUACAAUUAUUGAUAGAUUGCCUGCCAUUAAGCGAGUCCUGCAAGACAUAGUCCAAGAACACAAUAGUGACGGGUCUGUUGAGGCACGAGGUCUGCUUGCACAGAUGGAUUUACAAUUCAUUGUGUGCCUUGUAACACUCCAUAAAGUGUUUGGAGAAGCAACAUUUGUAUCCGAUAUGCUACAGUCUCCAUCACUUGACCCGUCAAAGGCUGUUGGGUUAGUUGAAGCCUUAGUUCAAACUUUAAAUGACUACAGGGAUGAGUCAUUUUUUGAUGACCUAUGGAAUGAAGUGUCGAACACAGCUCAACAAUGUGAUACUGCUACACACCCCUGCAAAACGACCAAAAAAGCUACGCUCUAAAUUUAAUGGAGACAGUGUAGUCAGUACAGUGGGUCAGAUGUCAGAU